AUAACCUUAAAACCAGCACCUUGGGUGGGGCCGAAAAUCCAGGACGGGGUGCACCCAAUCACCGCAAAGGCCGAGGACACAGGCGGUCUACCAGCAUGACGAGUGGACAGGUGUCUAAACUAGACCUCGAUUACUUUGACCUGGGCACAGGCAGCGCCGAUCUAUUGGCAAAAGCUCUCGGCAUGGUCGUAAAAGAUCACAACGUCACACACAACACAAUCAGUGGCGUCUCCAUCUCUGCGUUGGGAGGGAAAUUUAACGCAAACAGCAGUUGUGAUCUCGACGAAGCCGCAAAUAGACCUUACAGCCGCAGCGAAGGGGCUACAUAG